AUGCGUUUCAUCUUCUUCCUUUCCCUGCUCCUGACCACAUUUGUCUUGAGCAGUGACACCUUCGUCAGCGCGGAAACCAACGCUGUAAAGAAUUAUAGCUACGACAGGACCAAUGUCCGCCGCCUACGUGGAGAAAGCAACGUCGAAGAGGAGAGAAUUGACACGCAUGGUGCUGAAGGUGCCGUCGAGCAUUUGUUACCUGCUGCCAUGGCUGAAGCAGCGACACCAGCUAUUCAAGCUGCGGAGAAAACAUAUAGAAAAAGUGAUGAAGAGAUCGCGAAAUUAGCGCAGAAGAUUGUCGACACACACGAAUUAUGGAAACUCGAAAAUGAAGAUUUGGCAAGACUAGCAGUCGCGUUGUCCAGGGCGCAAAAAAGUGACGUGAAAAAGUGGUCUUUGUUCAUGAUAGUGCUUAUUGCAUCCUUAACCGGUACUGGUGUUGGUUUUGCUACGUACGCACUUUACCAGUUGCUCACACCAUACGGCGCCUAG